GCUGGGGCGGGGCCGAAGAGUUUGGUGCCCCAGAGUGGGGUGUCGGCGCUUCAUUCGGGUGGAGCUGAGCCUGAGACAGGUAGUCGUGAAAGGCUUCAGGACAAAGAUGUUUCAUUUAAGGACUUGUGCUGCUAAGUUGAGGCCGUUGACGGCCUCCCAGACUGUUAAGACACUUUCACAAAACCAGCCAGUAGCAGUUAGGACGUUUCAACAGAUUCGGUGCUAUUCUGCACCUGUCGCUGCUGAGCCCUUUCUGAGUGGGACUAGUUCCAACUAUGUGGAGGAGAUGUACUGUGCUUGGUUGGAGAAUCCCAAAAGUGUACAUAAGUCAUGGGACAUUUUUUUUCGCAACACCAAUGCUGGAGCCCCUCCGGGCACUGCUUACCAGAGUCCCCUUUCCCUGAGCCGAAGCUCCCUGGCUACUGUGGCCCAUGCACAGUCCCUGAUGGAGGCCCAACCCAACGUGGACAAGCUGGUGGAGGAUCACCUGGCGGUACAGUCUCUCAUCAGGGCAUAUCAGAUACGAGGGCACCAUGUAGCACAGCUGGACCCCCUGGGGAUUUUGGAUGCCGAUCUGGACUCCUCCGUGCCCGCUGACAUUAUCUCAUCCACAGACAAACUUGAUCUUGCAGUUUUCAAGGAACGACUUCGAAUGCUAACAGUAGGAGGGUUCUAUGGACUGGACGAGUCCGACCUUGACAAGGUCUUCCACUUGCCCACCACCACCUUCAUUGGGGGCCCUGAAUCUGCGCUUCCUUUGCGGGAGAUCAUCCGGCGUCUAGAGAUGGCCUACUGUCAGCACAUUGGAGUAGAGUUCAUGUUCAUUAAUGACUUGGAGCAGUGCCAGUGGAUCCGGCAGAAGUUUGAGACCCCUGGGAUCAUGCAGUUCACCAACGAGGAGAAGCGGACCCUGCUGGCCAGGCUCGUGCGGUCCACCAGGUUUGAGGACUUCCUGCAGCGGAAGUGGUCCUCUGAGAAGCGCUUUGGUCUGGAAGGCUGCGAGGUGCUGAUUCCUGCCCUCAAGACCAUCAUCGACAAGUCGAGUGAGAAUGGAGUGGAUUACGUGAUCAUGGGGAUGCCGCACAGGGGACGGUUGAAUGUGCUCGCGAAUGUCAUCAGGAAGGAGCUAGAACAGAUUUUCUGUCAGUUUGAUUCAAAGCUGGAGGCAGCUGAUGAGGGCUCCGGAGACAUGAAGUACCACCUGGGUAUGUAUCACCGCAGGAUCAACCGUGUGACUGACAGGAACAUCACUCUGUCCCUGGUGGCAAACCCUUCCCACCUGGAGGCUGCUGACCCUGUGGUGAUGGGCAAGACCAAAGCCGAGCAGUUCUACUGUGGAGACACUGAAGGGAAAAAGGUGAUGUCCAUCCUCCUGCACGGGGAUGCUGCCUUUGCUGGCCAGGGUAUCGUGUACGAGACCUUCCACCUCAGCGACCUGCCAUCCUACACUACCCACGGCACUGUCCACGUGGUCGUCAACAACCAGAUUGGCUUCACUACAGACCCUCGGAUGGCUCGCUCCUCCCCGUACCCCACUGAUGUGGCCCGCGUGGUGAAUGCCCCCAUUUUCCAUGUGAAUGCAGAUGACCCUGAGGCCGUCAUGUAUGUGUGCAAGGUGGCAGCUGAGUGGAGAAGCACCUUCCACAAGGAUGUGGUUGUUGACCUGGUAUGUUACCGGCGCAAUGGCCACAAUGAGAUGGACGAGCCCAUGUUCACGCAGCCUCUCAUGUACAAGCAGAUCCGCAAGCAGAAGCCUGUGCUGCAGAAGUAUGCUGAACUGCUGGUGUCACAGGGAGUGGUCAACCAGCCCGAAUAUGAGGAGGAGAUCUCCAAGUAUGAUAAGAUCUGUGAGGAGGCGUUCACCAGGUCCAAAGAUGAGAAGAUCCUGCACAUCAAGCACUGGCUGGACUCCCCCUGGCCUGGCUUCUUCACCCUGGAUGGUCAGCCCAGGAGCAUGUCCUGCCCCUCCACUGGCCUGGACGAGGACAUUUUGAGCCACAUUGGGAACGUGGCCAGCUCUGUGCCUGUGGAGAACUUCACCAUCCAUGGAGGGCUGAGCCGGAUCCUGAAGACACGGAAGGAGCUGGUGACGAACCGUACUGUGGACUGGGCACUGGCAGAGUACAUGGCAUUUGGGUCGCUCCUGAAGGAGGGCAUCCAUGUCCGGCUGAGUGGCCAGGAUGUGGAGCGUGGCACCUUCAGCCACCGCCACCAUGUGCUCCAUGACCAGAAUGUGGACAAGAGAACCUGCAUCCCCAUGAACCACCUCUGGCCCAAUCAGGCCCCCUACACCGUGUGCAACAGCUCACUGUCUGAAUAUGGCGUCCUGGGCUUUGAGCUGGGCUUUGCCAUGGCGAGCCCUAAUGCCCUGGUCCUCUGGGAGGCCCAGUUUGGUGACUUCAACAACAUGGCCCAGUGCAUCAUUGACCAGUUCAUCUGCCCAGGACAGGCCAAGUGGGUGCGCCAGAACGGCAUCGUGCUGCUGCUCCCUCAUGGCAUGGAGGGCAUGGGCCCAGAACAUUCCUCUGCCCGCCCAGAGCGGUUCCUGCAGAUGUGCAACGAUGACCCAGACGUCCUGCCGGACCUCAUGGAAGCCAACUUCGACAUCAGUCAGCUGUAUGACUGCAACUGGGUUGUUGUCAACUGCUCCACCCCUGGCAACUUCUUCCAUGUACUGCGACGACAAAUCCUGCUGCCUUUCCGGAAGCCGUUAAUCGUCUUCACUCCCAAAUCCCUCCUGCGCCACCCCGAGGCCAGAACCAACUUUGACGAGAUGCUUCCAGGAACCCACUUUCAGCGGGUGAUCCCUGAAGCCGGCCCUGCAGCUCACAGCCCAGACAAGGUCAAGAGGGUCCUCUUCUGCACGGGCAAGGUGUACUAUGACCUCACCCGAGAGCGCAAAACAAGGGGCAUGGAGGAGCAGGUGGCCAUUACAAGGAUUGAGCAGCUGUCACCAUUCCCCUUCGACCUCCUGCUGAAGGAGGCGCAGAAGUACCCUAACGCUGAGCUGGCCUGGUGCCAGGAAGAGCACAAGAACCAAGGCUACUAUGACUACGUGAAGCCGAGACUUCGGACCACCAUUGACCGUGCCAAGCCCAUCUGGUAUGCUGGCCGGGACCCAGCAGCUGCUCCAGCCACUGGCAACAAGAAAACCCACCUGACGGAACUGCAGCGCUUCCUGGACACAGCCUUUGACCUGGACGCCUUCAAGAAAUUCUCUUAGACGCUCCUGGGGCUUCUUGGGCCACGGCCCCCCUAUUCCAUGACGCCCCUUGCUUCUCAACUAAAGAAUAGUGCCUCAGCGUUGCCCACACCUCUGACCCUCGCUUUGCCGCACACUGCCCCCUGCUCAUAGGAAUUAGACUGUGUCCCCUCGAGUGCUUGGCUGCCCCUCUAGGCAGACACUGCCCGGCAUGUGCUGACUCUGUCAGGCUGAGCAGCUUUGUGGAGGCCCUGGAGAGCAGGACGAGGAGUGGGAGACCUGCAGGAUGUCUGGGAGAGGGCAGCUGUGGUCAUGCCCCUCCCCCUUGUCAUAUCCUAGAGCAGGAACAGAACCUCAUGUGGCUUGCUGGGUGCUGGACAACUUGUCACCCAGCAAGGCACAGAUCUGCCACUCGGGGUAGCUUUGUCCUGACGGAGCUGAGCCUCAGAAGCUACAGAGGAAUUAUAGCUGGCAGAGGUUUCCAGAGUGGACCUCAGCUGGGGUGAGCAGAGAGGACACUGCAAGGCAGUGGGGAGGCCUCAGUCUGUGAGGCAUAGUGAAGACAGGCCCAGCUGUGCAGUGACCCUUCACUGCUGCCCUUCGAAGGUCUUGGGCUACAUGUGGGUACCAUGCCCCACCCACCCUGCCUGGGACCAGCCAGCCCCUGGAGCCCAUAGGCUCUGUGUGGGGCCCAGCAGUCCCCUUGGGUCCCACAGCCAGGGCACUGGUUGCCCCCCUGGUCCUGUAACUCCCCACCUCCUCCUUCAGGUCCCCUGUUGUCCCCCCACCAUCCUGUGUCCCCAACCUCCUCCUUGGGUCCCCUGGCCGCUUUGUUUCUGCCGUAUCCCUGGAACGCAAAGGAGACUUUUGAUGCAUCCUUUCUUUACUGUGCCAAAGGAGGUCAGAAGCUGGAAGCAGGAGCAGGUGGAGGCAGGGUGGCCCAGGGGGUCAACUGGCCCUUGUCCCUCACUUUGACCUUCACGGGGUCAGAUCUAUUUAUUUUGGUUAAAAAAAAAAGAACAAAAACAACUUUGCAUUGCAUUGGCUUGGCCCAUAAACUAAGUUAUCCAUG